AUGUUCCCAGUGUAUGCUUUUGGUCAUUUCAUACCGUAUCUUCAUUUAGCCAACAAACUAGCUGAGAAAGGUCACAAGAUCACUUUCUUGCUUCCCAAGAAAGCUCAGAAACAGCUCGAACCUCUCAAUUUGUUCCCGGACAGCAUUGUCUUCGACACUCUUACUCUCCCUCCCGUGGAAGGUCUCCCUGUUGGCGCUGAGACCAUCUCGGAUCUCCCAAACGUGUCUGGGAAAGUCCUAUCCUAUUCCAUGGAUCUCUUACGUGGUCAGAUCGAAGCAAAGGUUCGUGCUUUAAAACCAGACCUAAUUUUCUUCGAUUUUGUUGAGUGGAUUCCGGAAGUAGCAAAAGUGUUUGAAAUCAAGAGUGUGAGUUACCAGAUCGUAUCUGCGGCUUGUUUAGCUAUGGCUCUUGCACCUGGUGCUGAACUAAAGCUUCCCCAACCACCAGAUUAUCCUUCAUCCAAAGUGGCGUUACGUGGACACGACGCUAACCUCUAUUCUUUCUCCAUUAAUGUCAACCAAAAGCUAUUUGUUCGGAUCACCACAGGUCUCAAGAACUGUGAUGUGAUUUCCAUAAGAACAUGUGAAGAGAUCGAAGGUAAGUUCUGCAAUUUUAUCGAAAGACACUGUCAGAGAAAAGUUCUCUUGAGCGGCCCGAUGUUCCAAGACAAGAGUUCUAAACCACUAGAAGAUCGAUGGAAUCACUGGUUGAAUGGAUUUGAAUCAGGCUCGACAGUUUAUUGUGCGUUUGGCACUCAAUUCUUUUUAGAAAAAGAUCAGUUUCAAGAACUCUGUUUAGGAAUGGAGCUAACUGGUUUACCGUUUUUGGUAGCGGUUAAGCCGCCAAAAGGCUCAUCAACUAUUCAGGAAGCCUUACCAGAAGGGUUUGAAGAACGUGUUCAAGGUCGUGGGAUUGUUUGGGGGGGAUGGGUGGAACAACCUUUGAUCUUGUCUCAUCAAUCAGUAGGUUGCUUUGUGAGCCAUUGUGGAUCCGGUUCAAUGUGGGAAUCUCUGGUUAGUGAUUGCCAGAUUGUGUUUAUUCCAACUAUGGGUGAUCAAGUUCUCACCACAAGAUUGUUGAGCGAGGAACUUGAGGUCUCUGUGAAAGUGCAGAGAGAAGAUUCUGGAUGGUUCUCUAAAGAGAGCUUGAGGGAUGCAAUUAAAUCGGUUAUGGAUAAAGAUAGUGAGCUUGGGAAGGUAGUGAAGAGGAACCAUAAGAAAUUGAAGGAGACCUUGGUUAGUCCUGGAUUCAUUAAUGGUUAUGCUGAUAAAUUUGUUGAAGCAUUGGAGAAUGAAGUGCACAAUACAAAAUCGUCUUGA